AUGGCUAAAGGAAUUAUCGGAGCUUGCAGACUUCAAGAAACCACAGUUGUCUCUGAGGCCGAGCCCUACACUCUGAUUGUGUCAGUCGUUGUGCUUGGACUGGUGGUGUGUGUCCUACUGUGGGGGAUUUGGAGAAGCAGCCAGAAAAGAGAAGUGAAGCGCUGUGACCAUCGGUCUCUCUCCACUCAGCCUGACGACGGCCUCACGUACACAGCUGGGGAGUUGCAGUCUUCCUCCGGGUCGACCACAGCGAGACUCAGGAGAGACCGAGACUCGUACACAAAGGUCUGGUACUGUCACUGCGAAUGA